CCUUCUGUUCCCUCUACCUCAUUAGCAUACUGUGUCUGCCGCUGCACUGGAUCUCACCGUGGCUUCCUUUCUUCAUUGACAGAUCUUUUCUAUAUUAUAUCUCCCUAUCAGUAAUUUCUCACAGUCUCUCAUUUCGUUUCCCCUCCGUCUCUCCCUCUAUAUCCCCCAUUCGUUCUCCUGUCUCUCAGUGUCUCUCAGCCCUCGCUGGUAUCUGUGUCACACUGCAGUAUGGAGGAUGUAGAUGGCCAGAGCCCAGGCAGAGCACAGCAAAUGACAGGCUCAAGCCCGUGUCCAGGGAGCUCAAGUCGGUGGCUUCCUCAGGCUCUUGCAGGAAGGAAUUCAUAUGCCGGGGAGCUGCUGAACGGUGAGUAUUCAGAAGAUGAGGAGCCACCUGACCUUGAGUCGGAUUCUGGAGAUGUUCCCAGUGGGUCAGAAGGUGGUUCAGGAAGCAUUAUCCUGGAGAGCCAAGAUUUGAGGACCCAGAUCAUCCAACUGCUGACAGAGCUGGAAGAGACACGAGAUCUGGCAUUGAAACACGAAGACAGUUUCUUGGAGAUGCAAAGUAUCCUGGAAGAGGAGAGGUUAGCCAGUGCGCAGCAAGCAGAGAUCUUCACUAAACAGAUUCAGAGACUGCAAGCUCAGCUGCGUUCUGUGCAGGAAGAAGUUGAUAGUCUAGAGCAGGAGAAGGAGUGUGAACUGUUGGAGGUUUCCCAGGAACUGCGCUGUGCACAGGAAGAGAUAAUUGCACUGCGUCAAACUGCAGAGGAAGCCGCAGCCGAGAGAGAGAGUGACAUUGCGUCAUUGCAAGAGGAGUUGUGUCGUUUGCGUGCUGAGCUUCAUGAGCUGCAGGACACAAGGCAGGAAUAUGAGAUGGAGAUAACCACCCUGAGAGCAGAAAUUAAUAUGAAAAGCUGCUCUGGUCAUGCAGCACAGAACCCAGGUACCCUUCAAGGAGAACUCCAGUUUUUGAGGGAUCAGUGCCAGCACCUGCAGAUGGAACGCUGCAUCCUCCAGGAAAGUAACAGUCAACUGAAGAGCCAUCUCCUGCUACUAGAAGAAGAAGGUGACAGGGAAGAAGACACAGAUGCAUGUGAUGGUGUAGACCUUGCGCAGCAAGAACAACCAGAAGAAAGAGAUGAUGUUAUAGAGAAAGAAAUCCCACCGUAUGAUCAUGCAAACCCUAUUUCGUUAACAGACCUUGAGGAAACAGAGGGCACCAUCGUGCCUGAUAGUAACAACAGAAGGCAGAAAGUCCUGAGGGAGGAAGACAAGCACAGACUUCACACACAGCUGCAGAGUGCAGAGGAGAAAGUGCAGCUUGCACAAUCAGAGUGUGCUGGACUCCUGAGUGAAAUAGAGGAACUGCAGCAGCGUCAUAGAUUGAGCCAAGAGGAGCAAGACAAGCUGCAAGAAGAGUUGCGACUGUGCAGGGAGGAGAUUCACAGGCUUAAGGAAACUGGCAUACAGGCAGCUCUGUGGAAUCCUCUCGUGCUACUGGCGGUGGCAGCAGCUGUGGUGUUACUGUGUCCAAGUCUGAGGAGAGGACCUUACUGAGGGAGGUUGACAGCAGCACAGUACAUCAAUUCUACAACACAGUACAUCACUCCACAUCUACUCACUGCAAUGCAGAAUAUCAUCGUUAUAUACAUUGCAUCAUUAGAUCUACACAGCUCCAAGUAAUGCUACAGACCUAGCACAACAAACUAUUCAUCAACAAAACACACAUGCUUUCUACGCAGUGCAAUAUUGUGUAUAAAAUAUGUCACAUACCAUUGUGUCAAAACAUUGACGAAUCCACAAAAUUCUGUACUUUUUGUUUAUGUAAAGUAAUACAUAAAGUAGGGUCUGUAAAAGAGGAGACAGAACCAAUUUGUCAGAGCAAAACAGUUUAUUUGGGUCGAGUUUACUGUCAUUUGUAGCUGUUUCCACACUCUGAAACCAUGAUAUUCUGACUUUCUAUUUAUUUUAUUUAUGUCUAACUGUAAGUAAUAUAGUAAUUGUGCAUGCAAGUGAUGCAGCAAUCACAGCUUACUGUGUUUAUAUGUUAUAGGUUUACUAGAAAUUAUGCAACCUGAAAUAAUGUCCAUCCAAGGCCAUUGGUUUUGGUUUUUUUUUAUGUAGAAAGACAGGAAGAUCUGCAUUUUUGAAAUAUGACAAUGAAGCAUGCCAACCAUUGUACAUAUUUUAUUUAACAUAUAUUUAGUAUAUUUCCAUAAUGAUUAUAUGUAUCCUAUAGUAUUGCUAUCAUGCCCCCCAUGUAAAUAUUGAAUAGUAAAUUAAUAUUUUAUACAUAGCACAUGUAUGUGUGGAUCACCAGUACAUCUGACAAUCAGCACAAUCUUACCCUCCAAUGAUAAGAUUUGCCAUUUCCAUAAUCUGAUCCAUAAAUAUCUUAUAGCGAUAUGGAAUACCUUUAUAUCACCUUACUAAUUCUAAAAUAGAAGGCCAUUACAUGUCAGGAUGAUCUCUAAAAACCAAUCAGAAUAAUUAGUCUUAAACUGGUCCAAUCGUGCAAUGUUUAAGCAACUAUAUUGGGAUACUAAAGAGAUAAACCUAUUUUUGUAUGCAUCAUUUACACUCAAAGGAAGGGACAGACAAGUCCCGUGAUCCUAUAAGAGUAUUUUGAGUAGUAGGUGGGAGUCCCAGUAAAGGGGGCCUGUCAUCCAUCAUGUGACAGGCUUCCCAGAUAAUAGGAUAAGUCAAAAUAAAUGGGAAAUAUUUGUGUGCCUCCCACAAUGUGACAUACAUCCAGCAUGCACUUCACUUUGUUUCAUCUUAAACCAAAUGUAAACAUCUUCUCCUGUGACACGGAAGUGUAAAGUAAAAAACUUGAUCUGCCCGCGUGUUGACACUUUGGGCAAUGUAAUGGAUAGACAAUAUUACCUGCUUUUUGUAAUGUAUACCCCUGUAAGACUUUACAUGCCAAAGGGACACGAGAAGCUUUGCAAUAAUUAGAUACAAAUUCUGCAAUGUAAUAUACUCUAAAUAAUGUAUAAGACAACAUUGUGUAGUAUGCAGAAAUGUAUAUGUAAACUACGUAUUUGAAAUUGCAUAUUCUGGAUGACAGCAAGUUGGGAGAAGUGAUCGCUAAAGCAUAAAGUGCAAAUUAAAGCUGCCCACCCCUCCCCGCCUGUAAUAAGGAUGGGCAUGCAGAUACCAUCUGUCAAGGUUUGAAAGCUAUUGCAUGCUUAUUUAUAAAGGGCACAACGUAGCUUUUUAUGUGAAUAUUAGCUUAAAAGUGCAUGUACUGAGAAUUCAGCCAUUAAACCUGAUUUCACUGGGGAAAACGAUCACCACUCUGAAUGCUGGGCUUGCUAAAUUACUGCCCCAAAUUUAUUUUUAACAGAUGUUGGCUG